ACAAGUGUAAAAAAGUGGUGUAAUUUCUAUUUAUAGAGAUCAUAUGGAUAUUAUUUUUAUUCUUAUAUUCUUUGACAUAUAAAUCUGAUAAUAAAAAUAUACUUUUUUCAUGAUAGACUUAAAAAAAUGUUUUAAAAGCUUUAAUUUAAUCCAUGAAACUGAAAAUCGAGAAUAUCGACUAAACGAUGAGCGAAUCACCACAACCACCAACAAACGAGGUACAAAAUCUCAGCAUUGACGGCGAUAAGGCCGAAAAUGGCAGACCUGCUACCCCGUCUUCCACAUCUUUUAAUGAACAAUUUAAGGCGUUCGCUAAAUUUGGCGAUCCAAAAUCGGAUGGCAAACAAAUAACAUUGUCUAAUAGUGAUAAAUGGAUGAAACAGGCAAAAGUAAUUGACGGUAAAAAAAUCACAACUACAGACACUGGCAUAUAUUUUAAGAAACUAAAAUCUCUUAAAGUCGGCAUUGUCGAUUACAAGAAAUUUUUGGAAGACCUAGCCAAGAACAAGAAAGUCGACCUUGAAGAAAUCAAAACUAAAUUGACAAACUGUGGCACACCUGGCCACCAUGGUGUGGGGAAGGUACAAAAUACCAGUACAGUGGAUCGUCUGACGGACACCUCAAAAUUCACCGGAACCCACAAACAGCGUUUUGAUGAAUCCGGAAAGGGUAAAGGUAUCGCUGGUCGCAAAGAAUUACCAGAUACUUCAGGUUAUGUCAGCGGGUAUCAAAAUAAAGACACUUAUGAUAAAAAAGAAUAAAACAGUGGUUUUAAAGAAAAGUUUCUUGUCCAGUGUAAAUGUAUUUUUUACUUUCGGUAUUACGAUAAUGUAACAUUAUAAACAUAAGAUUUACCAUGCAAUAAGAUUUAUUUUAACAUUAGGAACAAAGGCAUACGUGAAAGAUACACUGUGUGUAAUGCGUUAAAGUAUAUAAAGAAGUUAUACUUUAGCAAAACUCUCUUGCCUAUUUUUGUUUCUUCAUUGAUAUUUAAAAAAGAUAUUAAGAGUAUAAAAUUAACUCGAUAACCUUAAAUGAUUAACUUGCGUUUAAGGAGAAUCAGGCGAAUAAUCAAAAAUUAUAAAAUAAUUAAAAUUAAGUUAAAAAUCGACUAUUCAAACUUUUAACGACUUAAUUGGUAAAUCCACACAAAAUCAAGAUCAUCUUAUGCACACUAGUCAAGUUUUAAAACACUUAAGAAAGUAGACUAAAUCAUAGUUAUAAUUAUUGAGAUAAAGGAUUAUUUUCAACCUAUACUAAUAAUUAUACAUUCAGCAAAAUUAUUGUUAGGAAAGAAUGAAAACAAUUCUAAAAUCUUUUAUUUUCUAUAAUAAAAUAGUGACAAUACCUUAAGAAAAUGUAUGUUGCGGUACAUAAAAGCGAUUUAAAAAAUGUACCUCGGGGCAAUUUUCUGGUUGAUCUUCCGUCAUAUCUGUCUUCUAGCAUGUCAAAUAUAAUGACCAAUAUUUUUUAGAUCCUUUCUUUGAAAAUCUACCAAAUGAGAAUUAAACGUACAAUUUAUUGUAAUAAGAAUUUAUGAGAUUGUACUUAAAAGUUUUAAAUUAUAGUCUUCAAUGUUUGUUUUUAUUUUUAUGAGGGUAUUUAAAAGAGUUUAUUAUUAUUUUGUUUAUUAUACUUAUACAGAAAUAAAUAAAUGUGUUAAGGUAA